AUGUUGGGCAUCGCACCACGCCAUGUGCACCUUGUAGUCCCCGCGCGAAGCCGUGUCCCAGGCUCCCAGCCGCCUUUCGGCGCGGCGCCGCCCUCUGGGGCUCUGGCGCCCUCGGGGACUCUGGUCUGCUGGGUAGCUGCGAAGGCCCGGAAGCCCGCCGUGGCCCGGAGGGCGCUGGGUGGCAGUCCUUGGGAGAUCCUGGGAGUGGCGCCCGGAGCCACUCAAACAGAGAUCAAACGUGCAUAUCGUCGCAAAGCUUUGAAGGAACAUCCCGAUGUCAGCAAGCUGCCUGAUGCUAAGCAGCGGUGGCAGGAGCUCUCCGCGGCCUACGAUGCCCUGAGCGACCCGGAGAAGCUGCGGGCCUGGGAGCGUGCCCAGCGCGGGGCCGAAACGCAGGGCCGCCGCACGGGACAGGCGGGGCGCAGUUCCCAGGGCCGUUGGCAACGAACCAAAGCGAUGGAAGAGGAGUAUGACACUGGUGGUGAUUCCUUCAGCGCCAUUUUCAGCGACUUCUUCCAGAGUGUGGCAGAUUCCGCUUCAGACAGCAGCCGCGUCGGGCGCGCGAAGAAGGCAGGAGGUAUGCUCCUGGAGGAUCUUUUAGAGUUCCUGGAGAAGGGCCUCGGCGAAGAUGGGUCGGCGACGGCGCGUCGCAGCCCCUUCGGUGGGGACCCAGAGAAGGAACUUCAGGAGGCUCAGCUCGAGUUCAAAACAAUGGAGGGCCGCGAUGAGGCCCUCAAGAACGAGGCUGCAGCCUGGGAACGAAAGGCGGAGCUCUGCCGCAACGGAGGGGACAAGGCCGGCGAGCUCGAGGGUAUGCAGCGCCUCUUCGAGGCCCGCGAGAGGCGGAAGACCAUUCGCCGGCGCCUGCUAAGCCUCACAGAGCGGGUGGAGUACCUGCAGAAGGUGGUCUUCGAGGUCAAGCGCAAGAAGGAAGCGAGGGGCGCCGGGGCAAGUGGCGCCAGCAGCGGAACCGGCGCAUCAGCAGGGAGGCCGCCACCCGGUCCCGCGCCCGGCGCCCGCUCUUCGCCGAACUUCGAUGCAGAGAAGGCUCUCGCAGACCUGAAGAGGCAGAAGGGCAAGCUGUGA